UGGAUCAGGAGUUUGUUAAUACGUUUGCUAAUUCCACCCAUUAUCGGGACGCGCCUCCUCUGCCCCACAUGAGCAAUGGGAGGAAUCUACAAAUGGGACACAGAGUGAGGACUUUUCACAAGUUCCUUAGAUGAGCUGCUCCUCGUCUCUAUCAAGCUGAUUAUACCAGAGGUUGAAUUAUUCAUGACAUAAAUGGCGGAGGAGUUGUUAAAGGACGAUGCUACAAAAAUCAGCGGGCAUCUCACAUGGUCACUGCUGGCGGUGGCUUUCCUGGCCUCGUUCGGCAGCUCGAUGCUCUACGGCUUCAAUUUGGCCGUCGUCAACUCACCUGCAGAGUACAUCAAAGCAUUCUACAACGAGACGUUAACUGAGCGCCAUCACUGGACUCCAGACGAGCAUUUCUUGACAAUCUUAUAUUCCCUCACCGUGUCCAUCUUUGCCAUCGGCGGGAUGACCGGUGCGCUGCUGGUGGGCAGACUUGUCACUAAAUAUGGAAGAAAAGGGACGUUGGUGAGAGCCACCAUGCUGGUGUUUAUUGGAGGGUCUUUGAUGGGCUUCAGCAGAUGGUUCAGGAAUCCCUUCAUGGUCAUCGCAGGACGCUUCAUCACAGGAGUUCAUUCAGGGAUCUCUCUCAGCGUGGUGCCGAUGUACCUCGGAGAAAUCGCCCCCAAGAACCUUCGUGGGUUUCUGGGCCUUGUUCCAAGUAUCCACAUCUGUCUUGGAGUCUUCAUUGCUCAAGUUCUUGGGCUCUCUGAACUGCUAGGAAAGGAAGAACAUUGGCCCCUGCUUCUCUCCCUUGUGUUGUUUCCUACUUUGGUCCAGCUGAUGCUGUUGCCAUGGUUUCCAGAGAGUCCAAGGUACCUGUUGAUAGAGAAGGGAAAUGUCCAUGCAACCAUAACAGCCCUCAAGUGUUUUCGUAAAAAAGGAAAUAUCCAGGCUGAGGUUGAAGAGAUGCAGGAGGAGCAAAGGUCGCUGUCCUCCAUCACGACCCUCUCUGUCUGCCAUCUGCUCAUGGACCGCUCCGUCCGCUGGCAAGUCCUCACCAUCGUGGUGGUCAACAUUGGCAUGCAGCUCUCUGGUAUUGAUGCGAUCUGGUUCUACACAAAUGAAAUAUUCAGGAACGCAGGAAUCCCAGAACCUCACAUUCAGUAUACAACAGUAGGAACUGGUGCCAUAGAGGUCAUCGCUGGGAUGCUGGGGUGUUUCACCAUCGAGCGAGUGGGCAGAAAACCUCUAAUCAUCGGUGGGUUCCUCUUCAUGGGCCUCUGCUGUGCAGGAAUUACAGUGUCAGUUCUCCUCCAGGCGCAGUUUCCCUUCAUGAGCUACAUGAAUGUGGGCUGUGUUGUGGGGAUCAUCGCUGGCUUCUGCAUAGGUCCAGCCGGCGUGCCUUUCCUGAUCACAGCGGAGCUCUUCAAGCAGUCUCACCGACCGUCUGCCUACACCGUGGCAGGUUGCCUCAACUGGUUGUCCAACUUCACCAUCGGCUUCGUCUUUCCCUUCCUAGAGGAAGCUACGGGUCCGUACUGUUAUCUGAUCUUCUGCUCAAUCUGCUGGGGAGUUGCUGUGUAUACCAUAUUCAUCAUUCCCGAGACCAAGAACAAAACCUUCCUGGAGAUCAGCCAGCUGUUUGCUACUAAAAACAGUGUCCAGAAGGAAGAGCCGACUUCAAACAGUCACCUGAAGCUGGCGCUGAUGAACGGCUAUGGAUCACUGGGGCUUCACGAUGAAAAAUGAAAAGUGGAAAGAGGAGCACAACUUAUGUGAUGAUCCUAUAAAAAGAUUAUGAUGACUAACUUUGGCCUUGAGAUUCACUGCUUUACUUGAACACGUCUGAUAGACAUAAAUGUACACACAAAUUAUAAUAAAUAUGGGCUUCUUUGAAA